GUCAAUUUCCCCUGUAGAAAAUUCUAAUUUGUAAACAUCGUAAACAUCCCUUAGCUCACAAAAUAAUGCUUUUUUAGAAGGAAUUACCAGGAAAACCAUAGCAAAAUGACUACAGAUUGGCAUUGUAUUGAAAAGGUGCCGGUGGAAGUGACACCACUGACCAGGGUGGAUUCUACGGAAGUUCAUCCGCUGAAGCAGAUGACAGUAACUGUGCUGGAAAGCAAGGGAACAAGGAAUAGGAAGUCAUCCAGCAGUUCUGCAAUGGGAAUUCUUGAUCCUCUGAGCCAAGCAUUCGAUGGCUCGGAUCCCCUGAGUCAGUUUGCAAGGCAAGCAUCUCUGGAAGUGGAUCCACUGUCCCAGAUAGCGGCAGAGUAUGAGCUGAGUGCAAGUGGGGUCAUGAAGGCAGAUUCUCCCCUCGAAGAGGCUAUUGAACCAUGGAGUUCCCGGAGAUCAGCAAUUCUCAGCAAGUACACUACAGCAGAACGGCUGUCCAUUGUGACGAGCUUUGUGUCAGGAAAUGAGUCAAUUAAAGCCCAAACCACAAUGACUGAGAAGGUAAAGCAUCGCCUGGAGCAACUGGAUGACUUUACAGAUGCCGCUUAUCACAUGCAAGAUGUUAGUCAACAGGAAUACGUAUCGAGGAUUGAGCAAUUAAAUCUGGAAUUGGUUCAGGCUUGGAACAAUGAUCAUCGUGUCACUGCCCUCAAAAUUGCCAUCCAAUGUUCUAAGCUCCUGGCCGAUACGUCAGUCAUGCAAUUCUAUCCUAGCCAAUUUGUCCUUAUCACAGAUAUCCUGGAUAUUUUUGGAAAGUUGGUUUACGAUAGACUGAAAGUCAAGGCAGGGUAUAUAAGACCUGGAAGCACCAAUCCAGCAGCUCUUCCAGACAACUUUACUCCAGAUAUGGUACCAGAAAUGGCCAAGGAGACUUGCCUAAAUUGGUUUUACAAGAUAGCUUCGAUAAGAGAACUCCUACCACGAUUUUAUGUUGAAGCAGCAAUUCUCAAGUGUUACAGCUUCCUCACGUCCACGGAGUUCAAUCUCGCCCUGCUUCGUCUUACUCGGAUAAUUCGUGGAAUUGGUGAUCCUCUGGUGUCCAUUUAUGCUCGUUGCUAUCUCUGUCGCGUAGGAAUGACUGUAACAUCCGAUAGAGAGUACAUCAAGGAGAACCUGACUGAUCUCUUCACGGUCUAUCAUACAAUGUUCAGCCCAAGAUUGAAGAACGAACUUACAAGACAACGCCUAGAGAUGCCCACAUACCUCAGUCUCUACAUUCCAGCCCUGGACUGGAUCAUGCAGGGAAUGGCUGUUCAUACCCCAGAGCCGGUUCUCGAUGAGAUCUUAGACAAAUGCCUGGGACAGAAGAACAAUGGGCUGCUCCUAAACUCCGUUAUGGCAUCUUUCAGUUGUAACUUUUUAGCCAAACGUGCUACAAAACUCCUCCGUGCUAUUGCUGACAAUGCCUCAGCUGAAGACUUUCCUCAAGCUCAGCUACUCCGUGCCCUGGGUUCGUGCCUCGUGAUGGCAACUCAGGUCCCUGAUGAGAAGCAGCAAGUUUGGGUGGAGGCUAUGAAGCUCAUUGGAGAACUUAAAGUUCCGGGACAAUUUAUCCUGGCAAUUGAAUCAUGGGCAGAAUUUACGAGCAGCUCCUAUAAUUUGAGCCAUGUGGCGGCGAUUCUAGAAGAUUUGUUGACGCAUAUGGGACAGAAUCGUGUCUUUGAGCAACACUACGCAGAGAUGCAGGUCGUGGUGGACAAAAUCGUGUGCAAUAGCAAGGAUUUGGAAGGAUUGCUAACUCUGGACAAUUUCAUGCCUGUCCUGGAUCUCUUUCAGAAAGAGUCUGUGAAAAUGGACGUUUGUCGGAAUAUUAUGAUGGUGUACAAAGAUAAAAUCGAGGGAAAAACUAAUGAUCCUGUCACUACAAAUGCUCUUAUGUACAUCUGUCGGGUGCUCAAUGACUCCGUCAACGCUUUGACCGUGGAGGACGAAAGACGCCAAAUUGGGGGUUUAAUCAGUCACAUGAUAAAGCAAGUUGAUUUUGGGCGAGACUUUGAGUCUCAACUGGCAUUUUAUGUAGAUGCCCGGGCUGCAUUUCUAAAUCUGGACACAGUUUAUGCUACUCUCAUUCACUGUGUCAAUAAUUUAGCCAUGGAGACUAGGAGAAUGAUCCGUGGCCAGCAUUCGCGAAAGACUGCAGCUUUUGUAAGAGCCUGUGCAGCUUAUUGCUUUAUCACGAUUCCAAGCAUUGUGGCAGUGGCCACAAGGAUGGAUCUCUACUUGGUGUCUGGAAGCGUGGCCCUGCAGAAUUUGUGCCUGGGUCAAGCAGAUUCCUGCCUAGAAGCUGCAAUAGAACUGAUUCCAGAACUUCCAGCUGUCGUGGAAGUCGAUGGGAAGCUCAAGAGCACAGAAAAUUAUCUUACAGGCUACAUUGGAUCCCUUCUAUCUACUUUAAUCAUUGUCCCAGAUAGUCCAGACAGGGGUGUUCUCUUCCUCCUGAGACUCCUUCUGGACAAACUCAAACUUUACCAGUUUGACGAAGCUCAUUCCCAGUGCGAAGCUACUCUCACUAAUAUCUACUUAAGUGUCCUGGAUAUGCUGUCGACAGCAGCUCAGGAUUCUUACCCCUAUCACAUUCCCGGAAUUGUGUCAAAUGAUGAGCUGUAUGGUUCCGAUCCCAAGUUCAUCCAUGAAAUUGAUGGGUUGAGCAGCAAAAUUGCCGAUCAAAUUCUAAUUAAUCUGAAGAUCUUGGCUGACAAAGGCCAAUUCAAGGUACAGAGCAAUCUAGCACUGGAACUUUUUACUCGCAUCGUUAGGGGCACGGAUAUCACAAGAGACAAGCAAUUCACUCUGGCAGUGAAUCUGUGGAAUUUAGUAACGAAGAACAAGGCUCUUUUGGAUGGAAAGGCCCUAAUGGGAGUUCUGGGAAUUGUUGAACAGACGAGGAAGGCACACGGGAAUACAGUUUUGGGGAAGCGUCUCGAAGAGUUGGUGAUGCGCAUGAGAAAUAAAUUGUAACAAUGUAACUCACCAAUAAAAUUAUUAGUUAGGAAUAAUUAUACGAGUUUUCAUUGGUUCUCAGCUCUUUAUGUAUAACCAAUUUGAUAAUAAAUUUAUUAGAAAAAAAUAAACAAA